UAAAGACGACACGGGAAGGAGGAAGGAGGAAGAAGAGGAAGGAGAGAGAGAUGGGGAGGAGGAGAGAGAAGGGAGGGAGAGUGGAUGGGCUGGAGGUGAAAUUGCCGAGCUUCUUCCGGUGCCCGAUAUCGCUGGAGGUGAUGAGGUCGCCCGUCAGUCUGUGCACCGGCGUCACCUACGACCGGGACUCGAUCCAGCGGUGGCUCGACUCCGGCCACCGGACCUGCCCCGCCACCCGCCUUCCCCUCCCCUCCCCCGUCCACCUCGUCCCCAACCUCACCCUCCGCCGCCUCAUCCACCUCUGGUCCUCCCCUCACCUCCUUCCCCCGCCUCCCCCGUCCUCCUCCCCCGACGACCUCCUCCUUGACCUCCGAUCCUCUUCUUCCGACCCCCUCCCUCUCCUCGACCGUCUCUCCGCCUUCUUCUCCUCCCCCGCCACCGACGACUCCGAAAAGGACCGCCUUGCCUCCUCGGUGCACUUCGCCCCCGCCCUCGUCUCCCGUGUCGUCGAUGAUAACGCCGGAUUAGAAGCCCUGCGAGCGGCAGUCAGGGUCCUCGCUCUGGUCCUGGGAAUGGAGAGCCGCAGAGAACUCGCGAUCGCGGCGCUCAUCGCGGACCUCGAUGGGUCCGUCUCCGCCCUCCUCAAAGUCCUCAAGAGCCGCGACGGGGCGGAAGAAUACCGAAUCGACGCGGCUACGGUUCUCGAGUCGAUCCUGUCGUCUCCUUCUUGUGACAGCGAGAGGAGGAUCUUGAUCGUGGAGAAGGCGGAUCUUUUCCCGGAGCUCGUCCGCUUGAUCGACCCGCCCGACACGAUGGACCCGGCGGCCGCAGACGCGGGGCUGCGGUGCCUGCUCGCAGCGGCCAAGGGGAGGCACGCGCGGGCGGGAAUGGCUCGGGCCGGGGCGGUGCCCGCGCUCGCGAGGGCGCUGACGGCCGCGGAGCUGCCCGCCACGACGGCAGAGCGGGCGCUGAAAGCGAUGGAGGCCGCGGCGAGAAGCACGGAGGGGAGGGCGGCGGUAUGCGAGGCCGCAGAGGUGUGCGUGGGGGCGGUGAUGGAGAGGGUGCUGAAGGUGGGGCGGGAGGGGAGGGAGGCGGCGGUGGCGGUGCUGUGGGCGGCGUGCGUAGCGGCGGAGGACCGGCGGGCGAGGGAGGCGGUGGCGGUGGCGAGAGGCGGCGCGGCGAAGAUACUGGUGGUGAUGCAGGGCGGGUGCUCGCCGGCGGCGGCGAGGAUGGCCAGGGAGCUGCUCCGGGUCUUCAAGGUGGACGCCGAGAGCUGCAGCGUGGGCUACGACACCAAGACGACCCACAUCAUGCCUUACUAAACCUCUUUAAUUAACACUUGGAAUCCCUCAUUAACAUGUGGGGAUUAUAAUUAUUAUUAUUAGCACAUGGAAACAAAAAAAAAAAUACUUUAUA